CUCUUCGCUAAACUGAGACGGAUGUUGGUUAUAUAUCAGGACAAACCAACUUCACAGCACAAUUUUCAAGCCAACACACAGCAGCUUUGCUUUUCUUUGGAUUUUACUAAUUCUGAAAAAUGAUCUACAUGACUCUGUUUGUAUUAUUACUAAUGCAGUUAUCAGUUUCUGCUCAAAGUGGAUCAGGGGAUUAUGACAGUGACUCUGAGAUGUGUGAUGUGAUGUGCCAAUCAGAACUCAGUGAUCCUGAGGAGGCGAUCUUUUCUGUUGAAUGCCAGCUGGAUGAAUGUACUAUUGAAGAUAUUCAAGGACUGGAACUAUGUGAGGACAAAAAUCAUUGCAAAAAAAUGGAGAAAAUAAAUGGAGAUUAUAAAACAAACAACGUUAAUAUAACUUAUCAGGCAUUUAAACUGUGCAUCAGUAAUAACAGAUCAAGGAACUGCUUCACUAAAGCUGAUGUAUUGCACAUUAUUAGACCCGAGGCACCUUCCAUAAUGAGAGUAAAUUAUACUGAAGAAACAAAAGCAGCAACAAUCUUCAUUUCUUCAAAUGCCAAUUUAUUUUUGGAAAAAAAUUUAGUUUUUAACAUUGCAUAUUGGAUUCAGAAUUCCUUAGACUACAAGCAUCUGAAUGUAACAAGUGAGAGCCUGAUCAUUUCAAGUAAAUAUCUAAAGCCAGGCUCUACUUAUGAAACAAAGGUUCGAUCCAUUCCAAAUGGAGACUACUUCAAGGGUUUUUGGAGCAGUUGGAGUGAAGUGGUAUCCUUCAACAUCCCUUCAAGUAAAUCAGAAACCAAUCUAAGUAUGUCAGACCUGAUAAUGUAUCUCUCGAUCUCUCUUGGAAUAUGUCUGCUAACCUGCACCAUCUUUGCUGCAUUAUACAACCAAAAGUAUAUUAAAUCUUGCCUUUGGCCAAGCAUUCCAAAUCCUAAAUAUACACUGGAGAAAAUGUACAAGAAACCAAGCAAAGCUAACAGUGCAAGUUUCAACCCAGACACUUUUGGAGACCACAGCAUUCACAAUGUGGAUGGAAUGGAAAAGAUGGUAGUCUGCGAAAUACUGCUUCCCCCUGCUGAUAGAAGUCUUGCCAAAUCCAUGGAUUGGGUUCAAGCAUACUUAUCUGUGAAAUACCCUUUGCCUAAUAUUGAGAUACCUCAGAAUGAAAUGGCAUCCCAAAACCAAGAAACUACUGUGUUGUUAAUCGACGAUCGCCAUUUUACGAGCAUACCAGGCGCGAAGGAAACAGUGCCUACUGCCUCAUCAAACGAGGCUACGGAUGGAGUACCCUGCUCUUUGACCCAUCAAACACAGAAACAGGAGGAACCAUAUGUUACAAUGUCCAACUUUUAUAAAACGCAAGAUAAUGACAUAAGCUGUGCCUCCACCUAAGGAUUCUCAGAAAAAUAUUCAAACUGUCAAUCUGCACUGACUAACUUUACUGCUUACUGCAUUGUCAAAUGACAAUGUGACCUUGGCGGACAGUUUUUUUCAAUCAAUGUCAUUCAUCACAGCAAACUCUUUUUUUUUCUGAAUUUUGUGAAAUUUUCAGGAUAUUUCAAGUGACAGUGCAUACACUAAAUGCACUAAACUGCUGCUGGUACUGUUAAAAUAAAAAUGCUGUUUACUUGUAGGUUAGUGUGUUACAACCACUGUACAAAGAUUCAUACAACUGAGUAAUAUACUUUGCUGCCUUUAGGAGGGUACAAAUCAAGGAAAAAAUUAAUAUAUUUACUUUUGUUUAUUUGUUUUUAAUGCAUAUAACACACAUAAAUCAAGAAUGUAAUGAGCUGCAGCAAAUCGACUAUUCCGAUUCAUCAAGUUAUAAUUAGUGCUUGUGAGUGCUGCGGUUAGCACUGUUCUGUCACCACCCCACAGACUAUGGUUGAAUUCUUGGCCUUGUCACAGUAACUGCGGAGUUUACACAUUCACACUAUGACUGCUUCAUUUUUAUCUGGGAAAUCCAAUUUCUUCCCACAUACAAUUAAAUCAUCCAUCCAUUAUCCAACCCAUUAUAUCCUAACUACAGGGUGACGGGGGUCUGCUGGAGCCAAUCCCAGCCAACACAGGGCAUAAGGCAAGAAACAAAUCCCGGGCAGGGCGCCAGCCCACCGCAGACAAUUAAAUCAGCGUUAGGUUAAUUAGUACCUAAAACUGACUGUGUGUCAGGGUGUUCUGCAUUGGACUAGAAUGUUACCCAGGUUAAAUGUAUUGUGUCCGAUUUGCCAGAAUAAUCUCUGGCUCCCCAAAACCUUGUAAUACAAACGUAAUUAGAUCAGGGGCAGUGCAAGGCACAACAUAAAACAAAUACGUAACAAUGCAUUUUUUGGUGGCAUCCCAAUUAGGACUGCUACUUCCUGGAUCCAGAAUUCAGCACUUGGUCAUUCUGCUAUGGAGUAGGUGCUUCAAGUUGGCACAGUGUUUUCUCCUUUCACUUCUCAAAGACAUGCUUGUCAGCUAAAUUAGUUUCGUGUGGGUGCCCGGUACACUGGUGCCCUGUUCAGGUCUGGUUCCUGCUUUGCACCCAGUGUUGUCAAGACUGGCUGCAGCCCUCCACUGCUCUGAAGUGGAUUAAUUGUGUUUUCAGAAUGUAUGUGAGAAUAUUUUUUUACACAAUUUAUACUGCAAUAGGUGUAUAUAUUUUUUUUUU